AUGAUCAGCCGUAUUCGCAGCAAAGCUUCUGCUCGGUCCUUCAGCAAAUCUUUCAAGCUUGAUCGGGGCGAGAGACUAAGAGCCGACUCCCCCGGCUUAGAGUGGGACAAUUGUGGCAGCAGUGUGGAGGCAGACUUUGAUCACUUUACGGGUUCAGAGCAAGGCUAUGCUGCACGAAGAUCUCCUCCGCCCCCCGAAUGCGUGUCCAGACUGGAAGCGCGUGGAGCUCCUGCAAGCAGCAUUCCGUCCGAGAUACCGCUGCGUGUCGACACCACGGGAGGUUCCGGAUUCCAUGCGCUACAUCUACAGCAUAGCGACGGUAGUGGCAGCUCCUCUUCGGAAGAUGACCUCUUUACGCCCUAUCAUGCCCCUGACACUUUCGCCGACAGCAUGCAUCCGGUAAAGGCGCAACACGGUGCCAUGGUCCGACGCCAUACGGAUGUCGAGAGCUCCCGAGCGAUGGGAUCUAGUCCGGUCGACUCUCAAGACUACUUCAAGGUGCACUGGGCCAAGACAGGCCCUGUCCCGCCUGCGCGCAGAGCUAUCCGAGCGAAGAUAUCGACAACUGCUGUAUCGCCCUCACCUUCGUCGGCUUCUGCUCCGAGGCCAGGUCUGAGGCGUGCAGAGACGCAGCCUACUAUCAGAGCUACUGAAAUCUCGCACUUUGUGCGUGUUGAUCGUGCCGCCCUUGAAAGCCGAGCGGACCCAUUCGAUGACGAUCACGAAGUGACACAAGACUCGUUGCGCGUGUCCACAGCGACCAUUACAAGAGGAGCGCCGUCGACUUUCAACACUGCUGGAGGCAGGGAAGAAGACUUCAGUCUAACAAGCUCCACUGAUCUUGCAGACGGAGCACUUCGAAGAGAUCAUGCCCAGGCCCUCGAUAAACACCCUGCGCCCGUUGCCGUGACAGUGCCACGGGGAACCGACAGCGGGCGGGAAAAGCUGAAGGCGCUUCUGACGCAGUACAAUGACAGCGUGCAAAGGGCUUCGGAAGAAAUCCAUCUUUCGAUGACAAGCUCACAACGAAGAGAAAUGCAAUCCUCGAAUCCUCUCGCUAGUUCGAGCAGGUCCGCUCUACCACGCCCACUGCAACGUCUUGGUCUAGACGAGACGCCGCUGGAACAGCGCGCACAUCUGCUAGAGGGGCUAUUGAAACAUCUCAUCCAGGUGCACUUCUAUGAAGAGAUCGUCGAAGUCUUCUGCUACGGGUGCGGACCAAAGGCGGACGAUGCUGCAAAGACUCUGCUGUCCUAUCUGCAGUCAAUUAUCCCUCUCUCCUCCCUGCUCUCCUAUCAGUCGCGCACCCACACCCUACUCUCUUCUUCUCUCUCGGAAGCAGAGACAAUACGACACGCAUCUGGAACGCUGACGCGCCUGCACGCGCAUAUAGCGGCUCUCCUGGUCUGGGUGGGCAUCGUGGCGCGUCCAUCGGAAGCUGCAAGUCACAGCACAAAGGGGCAUGAGGAUCUCAAGACUGCAAGGGAUAGGCUGGCUGCGCUCUGUGCAGGUACGAGGCAGCAAGAGGAAGGGUGGGCUGAGGUCACCAUGGUGCCCAAAGGAGAGCGGACUAGGGCACAGACGAUCGGAAGCAGUGCGUCAUCCGAGGUCUUCCCAGCAACAGAGGAGAGGACACACGGCACUCCUGUAUUCCUCGUGCAGGGCCUAGGUCUCACUCUCCUCCCCUGCCCCGUUACAGACACUAGCUCCGCUACUGGGACUGAGGCAAAUGUUCCAGCAGAGGAAAAGACGUACCGGCAAUUGCUGCAGGCUGUAGCGGAGGGGGAGGGAGAGCAGGAGGGGGGAGCGGACAUCUGUCGGUUGGAGACGUUGCUUGAGGUGCAGGGCAGGUGGGUUUAG